AUGGGCACGGUGCUGUCGCUUUCCCCCGCCUCCUCGGCCAAGGGCCGGAGGCCGGGCGGGCUGCCGGAGGAGAAGAAGAAGGCGCCGCCCGCGGGGGACGAGGCGCUGGGGGGCUACGGGGCGCCGCCCGCCGGCAAAGGCGGCAAAGGCGAGAGUCGGCUCAAGCGGCCGUCCGUGCUCAUCUCGGCGCUCACCUGGAAGCGCCUGGUGGCCGCCUCGGCCAAGAAGAAGAAAGGCAGCAAGAAGGUGACGCCCAAGCCAGCGUCCACGGGUCCCGACCCUCUGGUCCAGCAGCGCAACCGCGAGAACCUUCUCCGCAAGGGCCGGGACCCCCCCGACGGCGGCGGCGCGGCCAAGCCGCUGCCCCCAGUGCCUGGCGGCUCGCCGCGGCGGGUCAUCGUGCAGGCGUCCACCGGCGAGCUGCUGCGCUGCCUGGGCGACUUCGUGUGCCGACGCUGCUACCGCCUCAAGGAGCUGAGCCCCGGCGAGCUGGUGGGCUGGUUCCGCGGCGUGGACCGCUCGCUCCUGCUGCAGGGCUGGCAAGACCAGGCCUUCAUUACGCCCGCCAACCUGGUGUUCGUGUACCUGCUGUGCCGCGAGUCGCUGCGCGGGGACGAGCUGGCGUCGGCCGCCGAGCUGCAGGCCGCCUUCCUCACCUGCCUCUACCUCGCCUACUCCUACAUGGGCAACGAGAUCUCCUACCCGCUCAAGCCCUUCCUCGUGGAGCCCGACAAGGAGCGCUUCUGGCAACGGUGUCUGCGCCUCAUCCAGAGGCUCAGCCCGCAGAUGCUCCGGCUCAACGCCGACCCCCACUUCUUCACCCAAGUCUUUCAAGACCUCAAGAACGAGGGCGAGGCCGCCGCGGGCAACGGGGGUCCACCAAGCGGGGGCGCGCCCGCCACCUCCUCCUCGGCCGCCAGGGACAGCUGCGCGGCGGGAGCCAAGCACUGGACUAUGAACCUGGACCGCUAA